GUAGGGCCACUUGUCUAAGUCAAAGGACUUUUACUUUCGUUUUCCCAUCUCUGAGUCACAGCUGAUCAACAGCAUUUAAAACCCCAGCACCAACACUGUGUGGUGGUAGUGGACAAGGAGAAGCUGAAAACACAACACAGCCGACUGGAGCAAACAUUAGGAUGGCCGACUUUCAACUGCGUGAAUACCAGGAAGAGGUGGUUGAAAGGGCUCUUCGGGGAGAGAACGUAAUAAUUUGGCUGCCGACGGGAGGUGGAAAGACCCGUGCUGCUGUGUAUGUGGCCAAAAAACACCUGGAGACUACGCCACGGGCUAAGGUGGUGGUCCUGGUAAACAAGGUUCACCUUGUAGACCAACAUUACAACAAAGAGUUCAUGCCUCACCUGGGCCAUGACUACACCCUGAUGGCAGUCAGUGGAGAGAGAGACGAGAAGGACUUCUUUGGGCGAGUGGUACGGGACAAAGACUUGGUCAUCUGCACAGCACAGAUCUUGUACAAUGCUCUGAUUAACAAGGAGGAAAACAAACAUGUUGAGCUCUCAGAUAUUACUCUACUGAUAAUCGAUGAGUGUCACCACACCCACAAGGACUCAGUUUACAACCAGGUGAUGGCGUGCUACGUGGAGAAAAAGUUGAAAGGAGAAGGCCCAUUGCCACAGAUCCUCGGUCUGACUGCAUCUCCGGGGACGGGGGGCGGGAAGACCCUGGAAAAGGCUGUGGGGCAUGUACUGCAGAUUUGUUCCAAUCUGGACUCGGCCAUAGUUUCAACAAAAAACUAUGUCUCCGAGCUGAAGGAGAAAGUACCCAGACCACGCAAGACGUUUGACAUUGUGGAGAAAAGGCUCCAGGAUCCAUUUGGGGACCAUCUGAAGGGCAUGAUGCAGAUGAUCCAUGAGUACAUGGACCUUCCUCAAGACGUCAGACUGAGAGAGUGUGGCACACAAGAGUAUGAGGCCGAUGUGGUGGUACUAGAGCAGCGUGGAGUAAGACAGGACAACAGACUGGUAGCACAAUGUGCACUCCACCUCAGACAGUACAACGAUGCCCUGCUCAUCAACGACACCCUGCGAAUGAUGGAUGCUUAUCGCUCCCUAGAGGAGUUCUACAUCAACAAGUUCACCACAGCAAUUGAUGGAACAGACUUCUUCCUGGUGGGACUUUUCCAAGAGAAUCAGGUGGAGCUGCAGAAACUGGCAAGGGAUUCUCGCUAUGAGAACCCAAAGAUGGCCAAACUUGAGAGCACUCUGCUACAACAGUUUACUCCGAAUGUUAAAUCAAAGGGGAUCCUCUUCAGCAAAACCCGUAAAAGCAUCCACUGCCUAAAGGACUGGGUCCUCAACAAUAAAGCCUUACAGGAAGCUGGCAUCAAGGCAGACUUCCUCACUGGGGCUGGCAAUGGUAGCACUUACAUGACGCAGAAUGAGCAGGCAGACACAAUCCGAAAUUUCCGCAAAGGUACUCUCAACCUCUUGAUCUCCACCAGUGUGGCUGAAGAAGGCCUUGACAUCCCUGAAUGCAACCUGGUGGUGCGCUAUGGGCUGCUUACAAAUGAGAUUGCCCAGCAGCAGGCCAGCGGACGUGCCAGAGCAAAAGACAGCAAGUAUUCAGUGGUCGCCCAGAAAGGGGGGCGGGAAGUGCAGAGGGAGCUCACCAAUGAAUAUCUGGAAGAGCUGACAGGAAGAGCCAUUGCUAAGGUCCAGGAGAUGAGCCUCAGAGAGUUUCACAUAAAGAUAACUGAGCUACAAAGAGAGGCAGUUAUUCGCAGGAAAAUUGCAGAGAGCCACAAAGUAGAGAAAAAGAGUCGCAACACGGCUGCUAGUGUCCAACUCUUGUGUCGAAACUGUUUCAAGUCUGUGGCCUCUGGCAGUGACAUUAAACUUCUUGACAAUCAGCACUUUGUCAAUGUCAGUCCUGACUUUAAGAAACACUACAAAGUCGGUGAGCAGGUGAUGCUAGGAAGGAGCUUUGAGGACUGGGAGCCCGGGUGUGUAAUCAGUUGCAGGAACUGCAACAAGGACUGGGGAUAUGAGAUGAAGUACAAGGAGGUUGCCCUGCUACCCAAUCUUAAGAUUAAGAACUUGGCCCUGGAAACUCCUCAAGGCAGGAUCACUGUAAAGCAGUGGAAGGAUGUCCCUUUCACUGUUAAGGACUUCAGCUUUGCAGAAUACUGCGAAGACAACUUCCCCGACCUCCUCGAUUGAAACGCC